CAUCGAAAUUCCCACAUGCAAUUUCAGAUUGUUCAUUUCUUCGUGAACCCUCCACCAUUCCCCGUUCUUCGUUCAACCACAAGCUACCUCCUUGGAUUUCUCUCCACGUUUUGUCUUCUUCUUACAUCAAUCGCCAUAUUGUUUAAUUUCCUCUACUUUGGUCUCAAUUCAUUUAUAUGAUUUCAUGCCCUUCUCUUCUUCCUUCCUCUAGUUUUUUUUUCAUUUUGGUUGUGUUGUCGACUUUACCAUGUCAACAGGCGGCGGAGGCAACCAAAUGAUAACUAUCAUUCCCGACGAGCUUAAGUUUGUGUGUAAGUAUAUGAAUUUUUUUCUAUUCUAUGCUUUUUUAUGUGGGGAAUUUCCUCGUCACAAGAAAAAGAAUACGAAAUAGACACUUUUUGAUUGUGAUCUAAACAUAAUCAGAAUUGCAACUAGAGUAUUCUUAUUUUGGUUGAGCAUAAUUGGAUUAUUGCAUGUUUGUUUCCUAUCGAGUAUCUGUAACAUGGGACAGGUUACGGUGAUUACUACAAAGUAGUAAUCACCGUGGUUACUAAGGGUAAAUUGGGUAUGGAAAAAUAAAUUAUAUUAAUUAAUUUUUUAAUAAAUUACAUUUAAGGUAGUUACAAAAAUCUAUUAAUUAAAAAUCUCUCUUUCUCUCACUUCCGUAAUCUCCAGCCAGAUUUCCUUUCCAUAUUUUUCUCAAUCUUUCUGCAAAAAAAAAAAAAAAAACGAAAUCAGUACCAAUCCAUUAGACAAACACUACCACUUUGCAAAAUAUCAAUACCAUUGCAGAAAUAAAUCUAUACCAUUACACGAAAACUACCAUUGCAUAAUUAAAUUUAUACCAUUACACGAAAACUACCAUUCAAGAAAUAAAAACACAACCAUUUCACAAAACAUUAAUACCAUUCAAGAAAUAAAAACACUACCAUUUCACAAAACAUCAAUACCAUUGCAGAUUUAAUCACUACCAAUGCGAUAAAAUCAAUACCAAUGUAACAAAAUCAAUACCAAUGCGACAAAAUCAAUACCAAUGCGACAACAAUAAUACCAAUGCGACAAAAACUAUACCAAUACGACAAUAACACUACCACUACGAAAAAAAUGACUACCAUUUAAAAAAAAUCACUACUGAAAAAAAAUGACUACCAUUUAAAAAAAAACAUACCAUUCCAAUGGAAUUCCUCCUUCCAAUUGCAGAGACCAACUAAGCAAAUUAGUUACAGGAAAUCUCAGUCCUUGAACGACUUGAGCAUGAGGCAGAGAAGGGAGGGUUGCCGAGAGAGGCUGAGCUUGCUGUUUGUCAUCGGGAAGAGGAACGAUGCUCUGUGGGAGGCGGUGGCGGAGACUUUUAAGGAGAUUUCGGAAGCGGUGAUGGAGAAGGACGAGAUGAAGAGGUUGGUGCCGGUGACGGCGGCGGUGAGAUCAGUGAGGUGGAUGCCAGCGGCGGCGAGGACCGGUUCGAUCGAGUUGGGUACGGUGGAGGCGGCGAAGGUCGGAGGACACAACGGCACCGCCGAGAAGAAUAGAUGGUGGGAGGCGGUGGGUUGGGUGGGAGGAGGGUAGAAUUAGGGUUUGUGUAUAUAUAGAAUAAUCCAAUGUGGUUUAUUUUUUGUUUCCAAAAUUAUCCUUGAGCAAUCAUAAUCGUGAGAUUAAAAAAAUAGGAAAAAGAUAAAAAUGGAUGGUGGAU